AUGUCGACCCAGGACGCGCACAGUAUUCUCUUCACACAUACCCGGCCUCAGCAGGGCUUCCGGCUACUAGAACUAACCCCAGAGCUGGAGAAAUUGCUGACAUCGAAAGAUGCACCAGUACUUGAACUCAAAUCACCAUCUGCAGCCCUCGCAAAAGCAGUAGUUGACCCAAGCGCCCAAGAAUACGUCAAUCUCUGCACAGAGACGCAAACCUACCGUAUCCGCCAAGUCCAGUCCUCAAACUCCAUCCACGUCCUCCGCCCCAGCCACGGCGAAAUUUCCCAAGCCGACAUCAAAGUCGUCGAAGACGUUGACGACAUAUCCGCUCUAAACUUCCCCAACGAAGCAUUAUCAGCUAUCGCAAAAUGCUCCUCGACACUCGAACUGCACGUCCCGCCGGGCGGGUUCUCCGCAAUUCCAUUCUUGGAAAAGAGUCUACGGCUAUACGAUCGACAUGAUAAUGAUGGAGACGUCCCCAUGGAUGAACGAGCGGGCCCAUUGGGCGCACACGAAAUGCGAUCGGUCAGAGAGCAGAUCUGUCUAGAUAUCCCCGUGUCAGUGGCACAGUGCGAGCAGGGCUGGAUGGAGCUCUGUGCAUUUGUGGAUAAUGGCGAGGAAGUAGCGGGUUGGAGGCCUUCUGCGCGCGCACGGCUGCAUGUUUGGAAGCGGUUGGUUGAGGGCGCGGUGCUGCAGGGGAUUGAUCUGGAGAAGCAGUUUCUGGUUGGGGACUUGUGGAAGUCUGUUCUUGAUGAAGACGAUGAGCAGGAGGCUCCGUUCCCGCGUGUUUUGUUGGAGGCUGUUGUGAGACGGAUGUGUGUGGCGGAUGAGCGGCCUCCUAUGGGUGAUGAGAUUAAAUGGGCGAGCUUUGACAAGGCUGAAUGUUCGAUGUGGGUGGGUGAGACGUAUUUGGCUGCCACUGCUCCGACUGUGUCGUCUGCUGUUGGGAGAAGUGAAUUCCUCAAAGCAUGGAAGGACUGCCUGCCAGAAUCUUGGAGAGAGGAGGCUGCUCUGUCAAAACUGAGCAACGGUUGUUACAAGAGUCCGGAUCCCACGACUAUAUUCUUUGUCCCCGAAGCACAGCGACAAGAUACCCCCGCAGCUGCUGCGACGGGGUCGGCUUCUGCUGCAAAGGCUAAGACCACCCGGAACUGGCAUGAAUUGCUCAAAGCUCGUCGUUGA